CCCGCCGCUUCUCCCGCGUCCGCCAUUUUGUUGCUGUGGCUAUUGGGUACGGGCAAGGUAAGACGGCCCGGGAAGUGCGACUCUUGUUGGAGUGCCGUGCUUCGUGUGACGGCGAAGAUCGGUGUGGGGUCUUUAGGUUGUGGAGCUGGCAGGUUCCAGGACAGAAGUCACUGGCGCUUCCCCUGUACUCCAGACAGCUGAAAAGCCCGAGGCGGCCUCCGCUCCUGCUCCGCUUCACCCACCUCGACCCCGGAGCUUUGCCCAGUGUUCCCGGACCGGCUCUCUUCGUGAGUCGGCCCGGUGCAGGAGGGCGGUGGCGGAGGAUGCUGCGGGGCCCGGAGUCUAGAGGAACGUCCUGACCAAGCCCUCUGAUUGUUCCUCGAAGUGUUCCGAGAGGCCCUUGGUCGACCCCAAAGCCGACAGCGGGUAAAGGCUUCUCGAUCAAGCGAGAGUAGCAGACGCCGCCCAUCCCCGGGCCCAACACCAUGUCCUCCGCCAGGUUUGAUUCUUCAGACCGCUCUGCCUGGUAUAUGGGACCAGUGUCUCGCCAGGAGGCGCAGAACCGUCUCCAGGGCCAGCGCCAUGGCAUGUUCCUAGUCCGGGACUCAUCUACCUGUCCCGGGGACUAUGUACUGUCCGUGUCCGAGAAUUCGCGUGUCUCGCACUACAUCAUCAACUCGCUGCCCAACCGCCGCUUUAAGAUCGGGGACCAGGAGUUUGACCAUUUGCCGGCCUUGCUGGAGUUCUACAAAAUCCACUACCUGGAUACUACCACCUUAAUCGAACCAGCGCCCAGGUACCCAAGUCCACCAAUGGGUUCUGUCUCAGCACCCAACUUAUCUACAGCAGAAGAAAAUCUGGAAUAUGUACGGACUCUGUAUGAUUUUCCUGGGAAUGAUGCUGAAGACCUACCCUUUAAAAAGGGUGAGCUUCUAGUGAUACUAGAGAAGCCUGAAGAGCAGUGGUGGAGCGCCCGCAACAAGGACGGCCGGGUUGGGAUGAUUCCUGUCCCUUACGUUGAAAAGCUUGUGAGGUCCUCGCCACAUGGAAAGCAUGGAAAUAGGAAUUCUAACAGUUAUGGCAUCCCAGAACCUGCUCACGCAUAUGCUCAACCUCAGACCACAACUCCUGUACCUGCAGUUGCCAGUGCUCCUGGGAUAGCGAUCAACCCUUUGCCGUCUACACAGAAUGGACCUGUCUUUGCAAAAGCAAUCCAGAAGCGAGUACCGUGUGCUUAUGACAAGACUGCCUUGGCGUUGGAGGUUGGUGACAUUGUGAAAGUCACAAGGAUGAAUAUCAAUGGCCAAUGGGAAGGCGAGGUGAAUGGGCGCAAGGGGCUUUUCCCCUUCACACAUGUAAAAAUCUUUGACCCUCAGAACCCCGAUGACAACGAGUGAUUGCUGUGCCGUCCCCGCUGCUGCCUCCUCUGCCUGUCAGUCUCCUUUGAAGUGGGAAGCACUCUGUCACAUGCAAGUUACACCGAGCUGCUGGUGGCCAGCUUUCCAUACAUUGGUGGUCCCUGCACAUUUGGAGCCUCAGCAGCUGCCUCGCUCGCUCGCUCUCUGGCUCGGUCUGCAUUUGUAUCAUAGUCAUGCUGUCAAAGAGUAGCUGAUUUUAGAGUUCUUGUGGAUUAUGAACUGGAAACACUGGUGGAAGCACACAGUAGAGACAGUUUAACCCAACGCGGCUCGUCUCUUCCCCUCGUCACUGCCUUGUUUGUACUGGAGACCGAUUGUCGUGCUUGCCAUAGACAGUGAGCCUGCUGAUGGUCUGCAUGGUGAGGCUUGACAAGAUCUUGCUGUUGCUGGUCCACAGAACGGUGGCUUUGCCACCAACCUGAUUUUCUUUGGACAGCAGAGGAAGUUAAACUCCAGACAUUUCUGUCCUGAACUCCUGAAGUCUGGCUUGUUUUCAUUUUCUUUUGUUUAGUUUUGGUUUUGGAAGACUAAUUAAUUAUAGUUGUGUGUUCUAAACAGAUUUUUAAAUAGUAGGUUGGAUUUUUCUGACAGUCUAAGGAACAAUCCAUGUCCCUGAGCUUCCAAACUGAAGCCACUGUAUGUAACUACCAAUAUGAAAAGACCCCUGAAGUCGAGGCCUUUAUCUUUGGGUUGCCACAGUACCUUGUGACCAUGUGGCAAACACUGCCCACGAGUGGCAGUCCUGGUGUGCUGUGCUGUGCUGUGAAGCACCAAGGUAGGGGUGGGCCUGUUGCUGUCAUUGCUGCCUCUGACAGGAGCAGACAGUGUGGACCUCUUUGGUGAGCAUACCCCUUUGAGAAGGUAGUGAGUCUGUGUGCUUACUAGAUUCACAAGUUAAAUUGCGUUGCUAUAUUCCACCACAAAGGCCACUUGGCACUUCCUGUACAGACCUAGCUUGUCCAGACAGCUUGAGAGUGGUUAUGGUUGUACAGCCUGAGUAGAACCAGAACACAGUGCUUCUGAGCAAAAGAAGAUGCCCAUCAACCAUGAGCCAUUUUUCCUGCAUGUCAGCUAGUACAGAUGUGUGUCUGAUUCCUCAUCCACACAUGGCAAACCAGAGUUCUAAGAACCUUUCUAUAGUGCUCUCUUUUCAGCUGGACCCUGAUGAGGACAAACCUCCACACAGAAUGCAGCAGACCUAGAAAUGUAGCAGUGAUUAGUGAGUAGCCUAGCAUUUACAGAGUAUCUUCUGUAAUGACGGCCUUGGCUCUGGAGCCCUUAGGCUUUGAGAACUAAUGAAACAUAUUCAAAUGACAAAACCAUUUGUCCAGUAUAUUUAUUUCUCUUAAAGACUUUUUAAAAAUUUUGUUUAUGUUGGGUAUGGUGGC